ACUCUCCAUCGCUUAAUCAACUGGCUUUCAGAUAUUUUUCCCCUUCCGUCCAGUAUUAUGUCUCCUAUCAAACGAAGGACUCUGUGUCAGAAUGUUUCCUUUUAUUUCCGCACUCUCAGUCUGUUUUCUUUUCUCUCGCUCUCUUGCUGGUGUUUCUCUAAGGUCUACUAUCGAGCUCAGGACCUUCGCUCUCCUUACAUUCAAGAUGACGGAAUACCUACUAUGACAACAAUAUUUGAGGACGUCGUAGCGGAUACUAUGUUUCAUAUGCAUGAAACAAUGUCGCCGUACAGCACUCGUCUUGCCGCAUACAACGAUGAUUUACUCUUGCCAAUGACCGAAUCAGAUCGCUCGAUGUCUGUAGUCCUUCCUGUUCAAGCCGAUUCUGUCUCAUCAAUGACCUCGACACUAUUAUAUCUUCUUCAAAACCCCCUUCAAACCACCGAAGUUAUCCUAGUUGCACCAUCUGCUCUCCACGCUACCAUUCGGAGCAUCCUACGAAAUAUUUUGACUACUACAGAGUCACACGUCGACUUUGAUAUCAGUAUCUUUGCUUGGUCCGCAGAAUUGAAUGACGAAGCUCUCGCGGUGCUGGAUGUGGCAUCACAAGUUGUUUCGGAGAAGAUCUUGUUUCUUGACUCUUCAGGCUUUGUCCAUCUCCGUCCUGAUACAAUUCGACACAUCACCGAUCCGCCGUCCUUGGAUCUUCCAGCCGGUCCCCGGGCGUACGACUUCUCAGGAAAUGAUUUUGUCUGCUUUUCACCUGCGCAAAGUCAAAUUCGUGGAUUCCUUAUUCCACCGCUGGUGAUCCCGACUAGUCUAAUUUCCGACGUGGAAGACCUGCAACGCGAACAUACGUAUGGAACAUGGGCGGCCCUUGCUGAAAGCGUCUCUUCCUCCGAAUUCGAUGAAACUACUGGGAUCGUAGUAGGCCUCGUGGCAGCGGGAUCAUCCUUCUGUUCAUCCGAACAUGCCCACUCGUUAUCCAACGCGACACUCCCUUUCCUCACCGCGGAACAUUCAUCGUCUCGCAUGCCCGUAAAUGAAACGGAUUCCAAACCUGUUCAGGAUGGCACUUUCGCUUUUGUCUUCCCGCUCUACGAGAAUCUGGUACACUUGCUUCCUAUCGUUUGCCGAAUCCGCAAACAAGGUCACAACGUGCACGCUCUAAUAUCCACGCCUGUUCCAGGCGAAUAUGUCUUGCCCAGUUGUACCCUUGACGUAGCCACGAUAUCAGAAUCGUCUUCUAUGGACGAUAUGGGCACCGCACUUUCUGAAUGGAUCUUGACUCUGCCUUCUCUGCCCGACGUUAUCGUAACGCCGGCUCAAGACCAUGCUGUCUUGAUCGCUUUAGACUUCGUUUUGAGGCGUUACUCGAGUCUUUCAAUCACCCACGUCCGAUUCCCACCCACUGAUUUGCCUCUCUGCGAUUGGAUGGGCUCACUUUCUUUGGAAGAAUGGCGUAAUUGGCAUAAACCUCGUGUCGAUAUUUCGGUCAUCACAAACGACAGACCGGAGUCAUUGAAACGUCUGCUUAAGUCUUUGUCAUCUGCUCGCUUCUUUGGCGAUUCAGUCAAUCUUCGAAUCAACCUAGAGCAAACGGCGGAUGCAGAGACGCUACGCAUCGUAGGAGAAUUUCAGUGGAAUCACGGCUCAGUCUCUAUUCAUCGGCGGGUCAUUCAUGGUGGACUUCUACCUGCCGUUGUAGAAAGCUGGUAUCCUCGGUCCAACCAUUCAUACGGGCUUAUCCUUGAAGACGAUGUGGAACUCUCGCCAUUGUUCUACGCAUGGGUCAAGACCUCAUUGCUGCAUUACCGAUAUGGCGAUAUAAAAGAUCACUCGCGCCGACUGUUUGGAGUCAGUCUUUAUCAGCAGAAAAAUCUCGAGCUCCGUCCUGAAGGGCGCCAUCGUUUCUCUCCGCGUCUUACUUUCGCAUCCGCCUCGCUCCCCAAUUUGAACACCCCUUACCUCUCUCAGAUUCCAUGCAGUUGGGGAGCUGUAUACUUUCCCGAACAUUGGCAAGAGUUCCAUGAGUACCUUUCCCUGCGUCUGUCCGGAAGUCACCCAAAGUUACCCAUUGACUCUAUUGUCACGCCUGGUGUACGAUCGAACAAGUGGACACGGUCAUGGAAGAAGUACUUCAUCGAGAUGGCGUUCCUACGUGGAUACAUGAUGCUAUACCCGAACUAUCAGGACUACCUCUCGCUUUCUACCAAUCAUCUAGAAGUUGGCUCUCACGUAAAGGAUAUGCCCAUGGAUGCAUACAUGCAGAAGCAGAAGUUGUUUCUCCUUCCUUUGCUACAGCUUCCCGAUGUCAAGGCUGGAGAGCAUGUCGAGACUGGACUCCUGGACUUGCCGGACGAGAGGAUGCCUGCUUGGAAUGAUCUGCCUACUCUAGAUCUCCUGGGACUCUUGGCCGACAGUGAUACACUGAGGAAACGAGGACUAAUGCGGACAAGGGAGAUCUUUGGAUGCGAGCCUGGAAGUACUGUGCCUAAUGCAGGUCGUUUCCUUGUGCCCAGUUGGCUAUGUAGAUAGGUCUUUUGGCCGUACUCUCAAUGGCUAGCUUCUUGAUAAAUAUCAUGGGGAAUGUCUGUUUCCAGUUGCUGUCUGUCUGAACAGUGAAAGUUACGAGCACUCUUGUGUGCUGGAGUC